GAUAAGAGUGGUCUACUGAAUUUAUUUCUUUUUAUUUACAAUAACAGUAAUAAAGAUGAACCUCUCUGCUUUAGUCAUCACAUUUUUAGCCUGUGCACUCUUUUCAAUGACAGAAGGACAAGUCCAGCUACGAUGCCAGUGUACAAAUAAAUGGCAAAAGGAAAUCUCUGUUCACAAAAUUGUGAAGAUCGAAAGAUUUCUGCCUGGUCCUCACUGCAAAAAUACAGAAAUAAUUGCUACAGUGAAAUUCAGGAAAGAAAUUAAAUUAUGCCUCAACCCCAAUCACAAAUGGGUUCAGGAGAUCCUUAAAGGAAGGAACCAACACAGCUGAAGCAAAAGAAAAGAAUGAAGAACUGAUGAAGUAAUAAUCUAAGUGUUUCUUCACUCAUUAUAUGAGUAAUUAUCUAUGUUCUAGCAGUAUUUUUAUACUUGGUCUGUAAUAAAUAAAAAACAACAAAUGUCUAUUUUUUUAUUACCACAAUAAACAUUUUAUAAAUAUUA